CGAACUCUCCGCUGCUUCUCCUAUUCAACCCGCCGUCUCUUUUUUCUAACCCUUUGUUCUUUCUGUACCAGACGGACAGACAGACAUAACCCCCGACCGAUAUCAUCUUCGAAACCCAUACCAACUGCCGUCCCGAUCCUGCCUUGUAACAAGCUACAACGAACGAAGGGAAUGGCGCUAUAACCCGCCCUCCCCGGCCCUCCCUCAACUCUCGACUUCAACCUUACAUCCUUCUUCGCGACACCCCGCGAUACUAUGCCACGCCUCCUCCCACGCCUCUCCCUCUUCGCCGCCCUUCCCUCCGCUGUCCUCCGCCGCCGCACCCGCCGCGCCCGCAUGGCCACCCUCAUCCUCCUUCUGCUCAUCCUCCCCUCCAUCCUCCUGCUCCCCUUCUAUACCAUCUACAAACCGCCCUCGUCUUUGAUCCGGUACUUUUCGCAACGGUGGACCGACGUCCUCUGGCGCCUUUGGUUGCCGCCGCACCGCAAGAUUGUGGCCCUGACCAUUGACGAUGCGCCGUCCGAUCACACGAGAGAGAUCCUGGCGGCUUUGAAAGCGGGCGGGGCGCAUGCGACGUUUUUUGUCAUUGGGGGUCAAGUGCGGGGAAGGGAGGAAAUCCUGAGGGAGAUAGUGAGGCAAGGGCAUGAGUUGGGGAAUCACGGGAUGCAUGAUGAGAUGGCGAGGGAGCUGGCGGAUGAGGAGCUGGAGAGGCAGAUGAAGGAGGUGGAGCGCUUGAUUCGAGAGGCUUAUGAGGCUGAGGGGAGGGUGUGGCCUGGUGGCAGUGCUGGCCAUGGUGCAGAGGAGGGGAGAACAACAGGUGGGACAGAUACGACGACGACAACACAAAUAAGAGAUACAAGAACAAGAGAAGGAGGGACCGUCGAAGAGCAAGUCAUCGAGGGCAAAUAUUACCGGCCUGGAUCAGGGUUCUUUAGCGAGAGGAUGUUGAGUCUGGUGAGGAAAUUGGGGUAUCGCUUGGUUUUGGGGAGCAUAUAUCCACAUGAUGCCCAGAUUGGGUAUGCCUGGCUGAAUGCGAGGCAUAUCCUCAGUAUGCUGAGCCCCGGGGGAAUCAUUAUUUGUCAUGAUCGGAGGAGCUGGACACCGCCCAUGUUGAGGAAGGUGUUGCCGGAGAUGCAGAGGAGGGGCUACAAAGCUGUGACGGUGUCGCAGCUUUUGGAGGAGGCGACGGGGUGAACAUAUCGUCGAUUGAGGAUUAUUAGAAUUACUAGACUAUAUUGCUUGUCGGCGUUAGGGAAAAGGGGCGGCGAAAUCGAUUUGGGUGGGAAUAAUUAUCACUGAAGCGCAACCCGCAGUGAACCAUGGUAUAGCAUUUUGCGGCCAUCUCACUAGGAGUGUCAAAAACAAGACUCGAAGAUUAUUCAACGUGGCACAACAUGGGAUGGCUGGAUUGGAACCAAAAUAACCAUCUAUGUGCUGGAAUUUGGAGAACAUAAUGCACCAGGUUUGGCAUUGAUCACGGAUACGUCAGUCCAUAACACUUUUGUACCAUUUUGGUGGCGCUCAU